AUGACCGUAUUGCUGCGUUUCUUGUGUCUUCGCUCCGCCAGUUCCCGUUGUUUCGCCAUGAGCUUUUCUUCUCACCGCUCAACUUCUUACGUAAAUACUAAAGCUACUGCUCUGACGCGCUUUGUCGACGAAAAUGGUGCCAUUCGCUGCGGCCAACGCACGGAUGAUGGCUCGACUGCGUUCUUAGUGGAAGACGACGACCCUUUUGGCAGUCUGCACUUUACGGGCGAUACUGCCACCAUUGAGAAGAUAUUGGCUCCAGUAGUGCCAACGCAGAUCCUCUGCAUUGGUCUCAAUUAUUGUAAACAUGCCAAGGAGACCAACAAACCAGAGCCAAAGUUUCCCGUGCUCUUUACAAAAGGUGUCAACGCCCUGCAACACCCACACGAUCCUGUGGUGAUACCUCGUAUUGCCUCCGAUCCACCUGAAGUUGACUAUGAAUGUGAGCUUGCUGUUGUACUAAAGAAAGCUUGCUGUAAUGUGACGGAGGAGGAAGCUUUGACCUAUGUGGGUGGCUACACUUGUGCUAACGAUAUCUCGGCACGUCGCUGGCAGGGCAAAAAGGGAGGAGGUCAAUGGUGUCGAGCUAAGACCUUUAACACAUUUUGUCCCUUGGGACCGGUGCUCGUGACACCUGAGAUCAUUUUGGACCCCCAGACGCUCGACAUUGCCACGUAUCUCAAUGGUGAGCUGGUGCAGAAGUCUAAUACGGGUGAUAUGAUCUUUUCUGUUGCAAAUCUUAUCAGUCAGCUCUCACAGGACUGCACACUACCCAAGGGCACGAUUAUCCUGACGGGAACGCCAGAGGGUGUUGGUGUCGCUCGCAACCCGCCGCUUUUCCUUGCACCUGGUGACAUGGUGGAAAUCGAGAUUGAGCGCAUUGGCAAGCUCGUCAACCCUGUUGUUGGCACCUCGGCGUUGUGA